ACUAUAAGAUGCGCGCGUGCUAAUCAGUGGAAUCACCUGAAGUACUGGUAUGUCCUAUUUGUGUGCAACAGUGCAGACUUUGUAAGGGUAGCUGCAGUAUGUACUAGUAAAAAGAUAAACUACGCGAUUUUGGAAAGACCAAAUCAAAACAAUCAGAUCUAGGCCUAUUACUUAAUAAAACAUGUAGCCUAAUAUAUUUAAUGUUUGAUUAACAUUGAACCUUAAAUAGAUUCAAUACCUUAACACGUGCAUUCUUACUUUUCAUUAUCUCCAUCAUAAUAACUUUCCUUCCGCUUUUUACAAACAACGUAAACGCAAACCUGCAGUGUCAUACAUAACGUAACGAUUUUAAACUUGAAAUGAAUUCUCCUGUAGGCCUACAGGGACUUUAGGCAUAGGCCUACCUUCUACAAAUAUAUUGAAUACCAGAUAUCACAAAUAACCUGUUUAUACUCUUCAACAAUGACUUCUCUUGCGGGUUUUGGCAUUGUUGUAUUAAACCAACAUGUUCUUGAAAUUUAAUUCAAGUCAGUCUAUUUCAGUCCCCUAUAGGCCCACGUGUUGACGUCUAUGGAAUCAAAACAAGGCAAGAAAGCAUUGAUAAGGCAAGACGCAUAUCCCCUACUUCGCCAGGCAAUAACUACCACGCCCACUCCGCUAACCCCACCCCCACGUCAAAAGAGGCGACAGAGUGAAAAAGCCUGUCAUACCUGUCUAAAGUGAUGCUUCCAAUGUAUUCAUGCCUUGUUGUGAGGGAUAUUUGGCCUUAAUAUGCGCUGUUAUUUCUAUCGUUUUAAUCGGCUGGUACAUCCGAGACUCCUUCAAGCUCGACAGCUUCCCUACCAAGCAUGUGUUCAUCACCGGCUGCGACAGCGGCUUCGGGAACCUGCUGGCCAAAAGUCUGGACCGUAAGGGCUUCAACGUGAUAGCCGCGUGUCUGACGGAGCAGGGCGCCUCGCAGCUCUCCUCCGGGGCCUCCCGCAGACUCAAGACGGUGCUGCUCGACGUCACCAACGCCGAGAGUGUCCGCCGCGCCGGGGAGUUUGUGAGCGCCGAGGUCGGCGAGCGAGGUCUGUGGGGGCUGGUGAACAACGCGGGACGGUCGCUGCCCAUCGGGCCCACAGACUGGCUGCAGCUGUCGGACUUCACUAAGGUGCUGGACGUCAACCUGACGGCCGUGAUCGGCGUGACGCUGGAGCUCCUGCCCCUGCUGAAGAAGGCCCGCGGCAGGGUGGUGAACGUGGCCAGCGUCCUGGGGAGAGUGGCCAUCCUGGGAGGGGGCUACUCCAUCUCCAAGUAUGGAGUGGAGUCCUUCUCCGACAUCCUCAGACUGGAGAUGUCCCACUUUGGCAUCAAAGUGUCGAUCCUGGAGCCUGGCUUCUUCCAGACCGCCGUCACCCGCCACGACCUCAUGGAGGAGAACCUCCGAGCUCUGUGGGACCGCCUUCCCCAGGACGUCCGGGACUCCUACGGGCCCAAAUACGUUGACCAAUAUCUGAAGUACCAGAAGUUCAACCUGUGGCUGAUGUGCAGCCCAGACCUCACCAAGGUGACCAGCUGCAUGGAGCACGCCCUGACGGCUCGAUACCCCAGGACCCGCUACGCCGUGGGCUGGGACGCGCGGAUCUUCUGGCUCCCGCUGUCCUACUGUCCGACCGUGGUGGCAGACUUCUUCCUCGUCCGGCUGUUCCCAACCCCGAGAGCUGUCUGAGUGGGUACCCCUUCCUGCGUGGAAGGUUUCUGAAUAACGCAUUCAAAGCACGGAUAAACAUUGUCUAGGAGUUAGCCAUUGUUUCAUGAUUUAUUACUGAAAAACAACCUCCCCGGCUGAAAUAUCACAAAGUCAGCAAAGAAGAAAUGAGUUUGAUCAUGCUCAAGUUUCCUCAAAGUAGGCCUACCAUACUCUGUUAUGAAGACCUAUGGUGGUAGGUCGCUCGAAAUGGACAACUUUUUGUCAUAUUUCAUACUGUCUAUUAACUAAAAUGAGGUAUAUUAAACGUGAAAGAUUAAGUAAUGAUACUUUUUGUUCAAUGAAAAAUAUAUAAUAAUGCAAUUCUAAUAAGCUAUCAUGAUUAAACUAUACAACACAA